AUGUUUGAGGUAUCAACAUCAGGAAUUCAUGCUCUAUACACAGUCCUAACACAACAUGUUGAACAAGAAGCUGGUGAAAAACAUGACAACAUUGGUGUGGAGAAAAACUCAAUGUAUGAAGUUGAAGAGGCAAUGGCUAAAAAGUUAAAAUUUUCCUACAAAGAGUUAGAGAAAUCUUACAAGAAGAUCAAGACUUUAUUAAAUCAAUCAAAGAACGCCAAAGAAGGAACAAACGAAAGGGAAGAUAAGGAUAAUGAUGUGGUUGAGUCUGGCAACAAUGAAAACGCCAUGGUUGAUGAACCAAUAAUAGGAGAAGGUGAAAAUGAAGGUGAAGUUGAAGGUGGAGGUGACCAAAACGACAAGACUACAACUGAGGCUGCAUGUGGAGGUGGAAAUUCAUAUGAGGCUACACUUGAGGCUAAGGCUAGGCAUGUAGGUGAGGGUGGAGGGGAGUCCGCAAAUGGUGUUGAAGAUUUUGAUGAAAAUGAUAUAAAAAGCUGGGAUUGUGAUUACAAGAGGUCGGAGUAUGAAAUUGUAAGGUAUAAUGGUGAAAGAACAGUGUUUAGGAAUGUGACUGAGAUUUUGGGAUUGCAAAGACAAGAUCUAGAACAGAUGGUUGAAUUGAAAAGAGAUAUUGAUUACACAAAGAUGGUGGCAGAAAUAGUUAAAGCUUUGAAGAAGCACCUCGAGCCUGCUGCGGACAUACCCAAGGAGCGGGUGAAUGAAGAAGAUGAUGAAGAUAAUGAAGAUGAAGAUGAUGAUAAAGAAAAAGAUAAUAAAAAGGAGAAAAAUGUGGGUUUAGAUGAGAAGAGGGUGUCAAAGCCAGCCAGGCACAUCCAAAAAGCAUCUAUUAUGAGACAGAAAAUGGACCGGAGAACAAUGUCUAACAAGGUCGACUGUGGGAUAUUUACAAUGAGGCAUAUGGAAACGUAUGUGGGGCAGAUGUCUGGUUGGAAGUAUGGUUUAGCAAAAGAAGAUGCCCCAAAUAACCUAUAA